AUGUCUGCCGAACAAGAGCGCCAGGCCGCCCUUGAUUCCUACCGCGGCAAGCUCAUCGAGUCGCGAGAAUGGGAGGCCAAGCUCAAGAAUCUGCGUCUUGAAAUUAAGGACAUGCAGAGAGAGUUUGAUAAGACCGAAGACAACAUCAAGGCGCUGCAGAGUGUGGGACAAAUCAUCGGCGAGGUGCUGAAACAGCUCGAUGACGAACGAUUUAUCGUCAAGGCUUCCUCCGGUCCACGAUAUGUUGUCGGAUGCAGAUCAAAGGUAGACAAGAUCAAGCUCAAGCAAGGCACACGUGUAGCUCUCGAUAUGACGACACUUACUAUUAUGCGAAUGCUACCUCGCGAAGUCGAUCCUUUGGUGUACAACAUGUCCCUCGAGGACCCGGGUCAAGUAAGCUUUGCUGGUAUCGGUGGAUUGAACGAUCAGAUUCGAGAGUUGCGAGAGGUUAUUGAGCUCCCCCUCAAGAACCCCGAACUAUUCCUGAGAGUCGGCAUCAAGCCCCCCAAGGGUGUCUUGUUGUAUGGUCCUCCCGGAACUGGCAAAACUCUAUUGGCACGAGCUGUCGCUAGCAGUCUAGAGACGAACUUCUUGAAAGUUGUUUCGUCCGCCAUCGUCGACAAGUACAUCGGUGAAUCGGCAAGACUCAUUCGCGAAAUGUUCGGUUAUGCCAAGGAGCACGAACCUUGUAUCAUCUUUAUGGACGAAAUCGAUGCCAUCGGUGGACGUCGAUUCUCAGAGGGUACCAGUGCUGAUCGUGAAAUUCAACGAACACUUAUGGAGUUGCUCAACCAGCUGGACGGUUUCGACUACCUAGGCAAGACCAAGAUCAUUAUGGCCACCAACCGACCCGACACACUGGAUCCUGCGCUGCUCCGUGCCGGUCGAUUGGAUCGAAAGAUUGAGAUUCCGCUACCCAAUGAGGUCGGGCGUCUUGAAAUUCUCAAAAUCCAUUCGCAUAGUGUGGUAAUUGACGGCGACCUGGAUUUUGAGAGCGUAGUAAAGAUGAGUGAUGGACUGAACGGCGCUGAUUUGCGAAACGUGGUCACUGAAGCCGGCUUGUUUGCCAUCAAGGACUACCGGGAAUCGAUCAACCAGGACGACUUCAAUAAGGCUGUUCGUAAGGUGGCCGAAUCAAAGAAGCUGGAGGGUAAGCUCGAAUACCAGAAGCUGUAA